GGUGACACCAGAGUGUUAUAAAUCUGUUCAUUACCACAACAAGGAUAAAUGUUAUUUCUGCCAAAGAUUUUUGAUAACGGGUGCACUAAUGCAUCUCAGCACUUCCUGAAAUUAAAGGUCUGCCCUGAGAGCGAGAACUGAAACGAAUGGGGAUCGAACUGCUCUGCCUGUUCUUUCUAAUUCUAGGAAGGAAUGAUCACGUACAAGGUGGCUGUGCUGCUGGAGGUGCAGAGACCUGUGAAGACUGCUUACUCAUUGGACCUCAAUGUGCCUGGUGUGCUCAGGAGAAUUUUACUCACCCAUCUGGAGUUGGUGAAAGGUGUGAUACCUCAGCAAAUCUUUUAGCUAAAGGAUGUCAACUAAAUUUCAUAGAAAACCCUGUAUCCCAAGUAGAAAUACUUACAAAUAAGCCUCUCAGUAUAGGAAGACAGAAGAAUAGUUCUGACAUUGUUCAGAUAUCACCUCAAAGCUUGAUCCUUAAAUUGAGACCAGGCAGUGAGCAGACUCUGCAAGUGCAAGUUCGCCAGACUGAGGAUUACCCAGUGGACUUGUAUUACCUCAUGGACCUCUCAGCCUCCAUGGAUGAUGACCUCAACACAAUCAAGAAGCUGGGAUCCCUUCUUUCCAAGGAGAUGUCAAAAUUAACUAGCAAUUUUAGACUAGGCUUUGGUUCUUUUGUGGAAAAACCUGUCUCCCCUUUUAUAAAAACAACACCAGAAGAAAUCUCUAAUCCUUGCAGUAGUAUUCCAUACUUAUGCUUACCUACAUUUGGAUUCAAGCACAUUUUGCCAUUGACAAAAGAUGCUGAAAAAUUCAAUGAAAUUGUGAAGAAUCAGAAAAUUUCAGCUAACAUUGACACGCCUGAAGGAGGAUUUGAUGCAAUAAUGCAAGCUGCUGUAUGUAAGGAAAAAAUUGGCUGGCGUAAUGACUCCCUCCAUCUCCUGGUCUUUGUGAGCGAUGCUGAUUCUCAUUUUGGAAUGGACAGCAAAUUGGCAGGCAUUGUUAUUCCUAAUGAUGGGCUUUGUCAUUUGGACAACAAGAAUGAAUAUUCAAUGUCAACUGUUUUGGAAUAUCCAACUAUUGGACAACUCAUUGACAAACUGGUGCAAAAUAAUGUGUUACUGAUUUUUGCUGUAACUCAAGAACAAGUUCACUUAUAUGAGAAUUAUGCAAAACUCAUUCCUGGAGCCACAGUAGGGCUGCUUCAGAAGGACUCUGGAAAUAUUCUCCAGCUGAUCAUUUCCGCUUAUGAAGAAAUACGAUCCGAGGUGGAAUUGGAAGUAUUGGGAGAUACGGAAGGACUCAACCUGUCAUUCAUGGCUAUCUGCAACAAUGGAACUGUCUUCCCACACCAAAAGAAGUGCUCCCACAUGAAGGUGGGGGACACAGCCUCAUUCAACGUGACUGUGAGCAUCCCCAACUGUGAGAGAAGAAACAGGCACAUUGUCAUAAAGCCUGUGGGGCUGGGGGACACCCUAGAAAUUCUUGUCAGUCCAGAAUGCAACUGCAACUGUCAGAAAGAAGUGGAAAUGAACAGCUCCAAAUGCCAUAAUGGCAACGGCUCCUUCCAGUGUGGGGUGUGUGUGUGCAACCCCGGCCACAUGGGCCCUCACUGCGAGUGUGGGGAGGACAUGCUGAGCACAGAUUCCUGCAAAGAGUCCCCAGAACACCUCUCAUGCAACGGAAGAGGCGAUUGCUACUGUGGACAGUGCAUCUGUCACUUGUCUCCCUAUGGAAACAUUUAUGGGUCUCACUGCCAGUGUGACAAUUUCUCCUGCGUGAGACACAAAGGGCUGCUCUGCGGAGACAAUGGCGAUUGUGACUGUGGUGAAUGUGUGUGCAGGAGCGGUUGGAUGGGCGAGUACUGCAACUGCACCACCAGUACAGAUGCCUGCCUCGCUGAAGAUGGGCUGUUGUGCAGUGGGCGAGGUGACUGCGUCUGUGGCAAGUGUGUUUGCACCAACCCUGGUGCCUCCGGACUGACCUGCGAGCGAUGCCCCACCUGUGGCGAGCCCUGUAACUCUAAACGGAGCUGUAUCGAAUGUCACUUAUCUGCAGAUGGCCAGAUCAAAGAAGAAUGUGUUGACAAGUGCAUAUUAGCUGGUGUGAUCAUCAAUGAAGAUGAAGAUUUCUCAAAGAAUACUUCAGUUUCCUGUUCUCUGCAAGGAGAAAAUGAAUGUCUUAUUACAUUCCUAAUAACUACAGAUAAUGAGGGCAAAACCAUCAUUCACAAUAUCAGUGAGAAAGACUGUCCAAAGCCCCCAAACAUUCCCAUGAUCAUGUUGGGAGUCUCAUUGGCUAUUCUUAUCAUUGGUGUUGUCCUACUCUGCAUUUGGAAGCUGCUGGUUUCAUUUCAUGAUCGUAAAGAAGUUGCCAAAUUUGAAGCAGAACGAUCAAAGGCAAAGUGGCAAACGGGAACCAAUCCACUGUACAGAGGCUCCACCAGUACCUUUAAAAAUAUAACCUAUAAACACAGAGAAAAACAAAAGCUGAACCUUUCCACGGAUGGAUAGAGCUACUUUAUGAAUGGGAAAAGUCUGUUUCACAGAUAUAAGACAUUAAUACAUUAUUUAAUUCUCCUUUCUUUGUUGCUUCAAUAUAAGGUUGGUUUAAAAUAGGUCAUCUGGAAAUCAUCAUUCUCUGUAUAGAGGUUGAGACUCUAUUGCCAGGUUUAAAUAAUCAAAAUGAGAAAUAUUAGCAAAAGACUGAGUUUGGGGAUUAUUUGAGGAAUAUAACUAUGUUGCAUUUAAUACCUAAAAAAUUAUCAAAAUGCUUCAUGGGCACCUGAUUAUUCAUUUGAAAAAGGUUUUGAUUUAGAAUUUCAUCUAUUGCAAGAAUAUAGCUACUUGAAAUCUUUGGCUCAGCAAAGUCACAAGGUCCAUAUGCUCAUAUUACAUCCUCAUACUUGCCAAUUAAUUCUAAACUUUUAUUAGCUCAGUCAUUUCAUGAAAAGGUUUUUAAUUAUGAGAAAAAUGUGAUUCUUAUUUAAUUUCUGCUGAGACCAUAGAAUUCUUCUAAAGAUGUCCAAAGCAUAAAAAUGAAAACUGUGUUAAUAGUUUCUAUGAAUUUGUAUGAACCUAGGAGUCAAGUAAACAAACAUGUAGUUUAUUUGUUUUACAGAUGAAGUAGCAGUAAAUUAUAAAUUAGGAAUUAAUAUUUUUUAAAAAAUAAAAAGUCUAUCAAUUAGUUUGUUAUCUGGGAAACCAAGUAUAGAGUUUGUUUCUCAGAUAACAAACUAAAUAAUUUGUUUCCCUCUAGACACUGAAUUUCAAACAACUCUUACUUUACUGGUAUUUCUCUAUUUAUCCUAGUCAGUUUCAGAGACUUCCAAACCUUGUACUUAAAAUUUGAAAGUUUUAAUUAAUUGUUUUUUUAAAAAAAUUACCUUAAAUGGUUAUAUCAUUUAUUCAAAAAGAGCUCUAGUAAUAUAAAAGGAAGGUUAAACAGAAUAAAAACUUAAAUGGGUUUUAAAUCAAACACAUCAGGAGUGCUUCAGACUCUCAUGAAUAAUCAGCUUUUAUCUAAAUUUUCUUCCCAUGAGAACUGCAUAACCUACAAGUUGCAUAACCCAGUGUGUACUUCUCAACUGCAUCUGGUGAAUAUGCAUCAUCUAUCUACUUUUAGCUUGUAAAAUUUGAUUUGCAAAAGAGAUAUGGGUAAAUAGAGAUACAUAACUUGAAAAGUGGGACUGACUGUAGAAUAUUAUUUCUUCUGCUUUAUACUGCUUUACAAGGCACUUUUGUCUCAUAUGAUCCUCAUAAGUAACCGAAGAUUCAGAGAGUGAGUAGAAAAACUAAGCCCUGAAUCUUAAUUUUCUAAUUCUUUGCAUGCUCUCUUUCUAUGGUACAGAUUGAGUCUUGUCAGUAAAAUGAUUGGUGGUUUCUGUUAGUUAAGCAAUAACUAUCAUUGUUUGUUGAAAAUUACUAAGACUAAACAGAUAGUAUUCAAACUACUGGAACAUGGGUGAGGUAUUGUACUUUUGUGCAUUAUUUAUUAUAUUUGGGUUCAUCAUAAUGUGAAGCUUAUACUAGGCAAAUAGUUUGUUAUGUAAGGAAGGCUUUGUGUUUCUCCAUUGAAUUGGCACAAAGUAAUCUAUGAUGUUACUUCAAUUUUCCCAGAUAUAUCUGUACACAUUUAAACACUGGAAACUUUUUUCUAUUUUUAUAUAGCUCAGGUUACUUAUACCAUUGGGGAACAUACAGCUAUAUUUAAUUAAUUGCUAAACAAUCACCUUGCAAAUCAGAAGAGCUAUAUACCUUCUAUGUUCCAGACUGCACUCAAGGUCUAGCUAAAACCUUGAACACGAAGAAAAUGACAAUACUCAAGACACAGCAGUAGUUUUAACUCUCCAUGUGAUUUUUUAAUAUUAUUGUUAGAUUUAAGAUUUUACAAAAUAUAAGCUUCCUUUGUGUGUAUAUAGGGGAAAGUAGUGAAGAGUCUGGUAUUUCUCUGAAUAUGGUUUUGAUCCAAGGCUGGUCCUUGAAAAUGUCAAAACUUUAACAGUAGUACUUCUGUUCAAUGAAGAGAUAUGUUACAUAAAAACAAAACGGGUUUUUUGUUUGUUGUUUUAUUGUGUUUUGUGUUGCUAUAAAUAAACGUGAUAAUUUAAACAUA